UUUUACGCGCGGGGGAUCUUACGAUGCCCGUAGCACUUACCUGUGUUAAGCCUGGGAUCCCCUUGCUUAAUGCUUAUGCUGGCCCCUGCAAAAUCAUAAUCGCACUAAUUAAAAUGCGCAGGUGUUCCAGCUCUAAAUUCCGAUUUUUUUUCCGUUUAUGGAUCACCAGAUCUCACCCUCUUCAAGCUUCUACAUAUCCAUCUGAUUUCAAGUAACGGUUGCAUUCAUAGUCCGCUCAGCCCAAAUUGUCAAGCAACAGGCUUGUUGGUUUUGUGGUGGCAAGACUUUUGGGCUCUUUAACAUUUGGAGGGCUGGGGUGAUUCCUCCUGCAAUACAAAACAAUCUCUCAGUCAUAUAGAUUGUGUGACUUUCAACUUCUGAGGAUUUCUCUUCAACCAAGCUUUUUAACUUUAGGGUCCUCUUAAGUGUUCUUUUGUUAUCCCGUGGACUUGGAAGAGACGUGAAAAUGAGCCAGAGUCGCACAAUCUCCUUUGACAGUGAUGAAGAUGAUAUACUUUUUGUGGCUAAAGAGGCGUCUCCCAUUCCUCGAAGAAAGCUGAAGCGGUUGAAGAGAGCAAGGGAGACCCCUAGUAACAAUGCAAAAGAGAGUAAUGAUUUUGGUGACCCCAUGGACUACAUGAAAAGUAAUGAGUUGGAGAGCAAUGAUCAGUUGUUGAAAACUAGUUCACCGAGCCUAUAUAAUGAAGAAGAAGAGUGGAUUAGCCAACAAAGCUCUAACAACUCAGUUGAUGAAGUAGACAAAGAGGAUGAAAUAAGAGAAAAGAAUCAAGUUGCUGAUAGCGACAUGGAAAAAGAACCGCACAUAAACACAAACAAUUCGACUGAAAAUUGCUUCCCUGAAAUAAAUAAGGAUAAUGAAGAUCUGAAGAACCCUGAGGGUACAGAUGAAUGUGUAGUGGAAACUACCCAAGACUUGGGAAAAGCAGCUUCAACCCCUCUAAAGAAAAAUAAAAACAAGAGGAGAAAGGAUUCCAAGAAGAAUUCAAAAUCAGAUUCCAAGUCAUUAAAUGCAGAGGAAAAGCAUGUUAAGAAAAAGAAGAAGUCUGAACUUGAGAUGAUCCAUGCUGAAUCCCAGCGGCUUUUGCGAGAAACUCCGGAUGCAUCUUUCAAACCACAACCAACUAUCAACAAACCAAUUUCAUCUGUACUCGAGAAGAUCCGUCUUCGAAAGCUCCAACUUCAGCAAAGAGGUGGAAAGGGGUUUGCUGAAAUGUCAAAAGGAUCUGGAUAUGAGGACACAUCUUCUGAGGAAUUUUCAGAAGACGGCCAUGAUAUGGGAUCUUCAGAUGACGAUGAAGAAAAAGAUAGUACAUUACAGGAGCAAUCUCAAUUUGAGAAAAAAACAGAAAAUUCAGAAGCAGCCAAUUUUGCUGCCCCAUUUAAUAAUGACAAUGGCAUCCCUAGGACACCUGAAAAUUGUGGUGAAACAAGCCUAGCUGAGAAGGCUGAAAAGGAAGAUACUCCCAACACCUCCGGUGGAUUUCGAGCACCAGUCGAGGACACGCAGGACCUUUUUUGCGAUUCUCAGCUGAGCUCCGGGGAGGAUCUAGAGCAAAAUCCCGAUGAUAGCAACCAAGACAACGAGGAUGUUGAUCCAGCUUUGUUGAGCAUGAACUUGAAGCUUGAUUCACAUCCUGAUGACGAUGAAUUGUUUGAUGAAGAUGACAACAAGGAAAAUGUUGAUCCCUCACCAAGCAAGCCAGCUGAAGCAUCAUUUCUGUACAGUAAAGGUGCUCCAGUGAAGGCAUUUGUUGACGAUGAAGCUGAAGACGAAGAUGAGGAUGUUCUAGUGGGGCAGGGUGAAGAGGAUGACUCUGAUGGUGAUGAAAAUGAAGACUUAAAGGAUAUUGUGGCCACUGCUGAAGAACAGCCUCAAGAUCAAAGUAUGCGUGAUGAGCUUCAUCGCAAAUGGCUUGAACAGCAAGAUGCCGCUGCAACUAAUGACAUAUUGUUAAGGUUAGGAGGUGGUGGGAAGUGCAAAGGUCAUCCAACCCGGAAAACAGCACUUCUUAAUGAGGAUGAUGAUAUUGCAUUUCGUGACCAUGGAGAUGACACAGUUGAUUGUGAUGAUAAAAUAGGCCAUCACAGCUCUGAUUCGGAAGAAUCUAAACAUGAGAAUAGUGACUCUGAUACAGAGGAGCCACCUCUAAGAACAACUGUAGACGAUGUUGGUGACGAUGAUGUUUUUGUGUCCUCAGAGGAUGAGGAAGUGGAAGAAAGAUUUAUGCGUGCACGAAUGCUCCAGGAGUCUGAGGAACAAGAAGUAUUUUUAGCUCCAGGAGAUGAUGAAACUUCAAGAGAGAUUUUUGGUCUUAUCAAGAAAGUGAAUAUUGCACCGAAUGGCAAGAAGAAACCAAAAACUUCAUCAGGCUCUGGAGGAAACAGCAAUACCUCUUCAAAGUCAUCUUUCCUGGGUAGAACAAGCUCAACAUUACAGACAUCACACAAGCAAAGUUUAGGAGGUUCUAGAUCUUACAUAUUUGGUCGGGAUGACAGCAAUAGCAGGCACAGCAUUUCAAAAACUGAAAACCAAGAAGAUAUGGCUCAGAAGGAAAAUGAGUACUCUACAAAUAAUGUGAACAAAAUGUCUUCGACCCAAGGCAAGUUUAAAAGGAACAAAUCAGGAAAUAAGGCAGCAAAAGAUGCAAAUGUAUCUGGCACGGGUCCCUCUCUCUUUGAAAUUCUUCGCCGUCAGACUUCUGAUAUGGAUAGGACUUUGCAGAGCAGAAACACAAAUGGACCCCAAGAUAACAGGCCUGCCAAUACAAUGUCACACUUUGCUGCCUUCAGAUCCUUUACAUCACUAAAGAAGUAAAUAAAGUAUGAGUAUUAAUUGAAAUGGUGGGUAUAAUUGUUUCUUCAACCUUCAGAGCAUACAAGCUUGCCAUGAUUUAAAUGGAUUGGUCUAUUUUCACAUCCAUUUAUUGGUGGCGUGACGGGCAAUGCAAAUUUCUUGAACAUAUGUGAGUUCCAUGCUGUUUAUGCUGUUAAUAAUGACCUUACCGCUGCUGCUGUAAAGCUCUCGAGGUUAUUGUAUGUUAACGCGGGUUGGUUAAUUUUGCUCUUCUUUAUUCU